AACAAGGCUCAAAUCAACAAUUCCAUCAGCAGCAAUUUCAAGAAGAGAAUAUGCAAUUGCAAAAUCCGCAACGCGUGCAACAUCAGCAGAUUUCGGAAGAAAAUUUGCAACAUCAGCAACAUCAGCAAUUAACGCUGCAACAACAACUUUCUCCACAACAAAUUUUGCAACAACUCGAACAAUUAUUUCACAAGUUGCUAGGCCUCUAUAACCGGCAGCAAAAAGCUUUGGAAAUUCUCCAAUUUGUACUGAAACAACAACAUCCUCAACAAUCCUUACAAGAGCAAUAUUUCUUAGAAAAUCAACAAGAAUUCUUACAAAUAUUCAAACAACAGCUGGAAGUCUACAAUGCGUAUGCUUUUAAAAUUCAAGAUCCUAAUUACCUACCGGUUAAUGACCUAAAGAUCACUAAUGGUAAUGAAAUUCAAAAUAAAUCUAAGCGAAAAUCAAGUAGUUAUUACGGAUUUGGAGGUUUGUUUUCUACCGAUCAGCAAGAAAUUAGCGACCUUAAAAACAAAUUGCAUAAUCUUCAAAUAAAAAACCAAAAUGUUGAGGCAGUCUUAAGUGAAAAGGUUGAUCAUAUUAAUGAAUUGAGAAAAGCUAAUAAUGACUUAAAGAAAGAAGCUACUAAGUAUCAAUCAGCUUUGGGUAAUGCAACAAGUUUUCAUCUUGGAAGUCAAGAUUCCAAUAGUGGCGUUCAAUUUUCAGAAGACAUCCUGAAAGGGCUCUUGGAAAAGUUUGGUUGUUCACCCACCGGCGAUUUGCGUAAAAAUAAACCUUUGAUAUCUGGCUUAUUAGAACGGCACGUGAUCGAGACCAUAAUUAAAAAGGCCACAGAAUACUUUUAUAAUCAAAAGAAUGAUGUUGACAACAAAAAAGAUGAACAAGAUGACGAAAUUCAACAACAGCAAAGUUUAGAAAUGAAAAUAUUUAAUGUAACUGAACAACUAUUGAAAUUAACAGAUUCAAUUUCAAAAAAUCGCGCUGGAGGUGAGAAGGUUAGCAAAGCUACCUCAACGAAAUUACGCCAACAAAUUUAUGGUGUUCUUGGAAAUCGUGGAUUUUCCAAUAUUAUUUUAGACAAAGAACACAUAGAACAUCCAUUGAUUGUAAAUUUACGAAAAGAUAUUAUAAAAUUAGUUAAUCGCUAUCGUACUAUUAAAGAUCCAAACAGAUCGUCUGAAAAUGAAAAGUUAAUCGUUGAGAUCGUCAGACAAGUUAUUAAUGUAUUUUUUUUCAGAUUAAAAGUGCAAGAACCUAUUGCCGAUUGGAAAUUUUUUGAAAAAAAUACAAAUAUCAAUACUAUAAUGAUGGAAGCAUCUUGGGACGAAAUGGAACUUGAAGAUUUACAUGUUGAUGCUUGUGCGUUUCCAAUAAUUGGGUCUAAUCUUUGUGAAGUUGAAGAAGCUGAUGAAAAAUUGAAAGCGAUCUUUCCGGCGCAAAUUAUACCUGGCAAUACCACUGAAACGAAAUAG